CUUCCAAUCAAUUAUUAUAAAUAUUUUGUGUUAUAUAAAAUUUAUUUUGUAUUAAUUAAAGUAUUAAUUUCUAUAAUUUAUUCAUAAUUACAUUUUUAACAAUAUAUGUAAUUCUUUACUAAAUAUUAAAGAAAUUUUUAAUAAUUUUAAGAUAAUUAAAAAUAUUCAAAUUAAUUUUAAUAAUUAUUUAAUGUUGUAUAACAAUAAGAAGGGAUUUAUUAAUCUAAAUUUAAAUAAUACAAGAUUUAAGGAAAAAAUAAAAUUAAAAAGCAAAAUUUCAGAAUACAUCGAUAAUGCAUUUAAAAGCUUUAAUGACUUAGAUUCUAACUCUCACAGUUACAUGAGUGAAAAUGUAACAGAAAAUAAACAAAAAUACAUAAAAUUUACAACUGAUGAUAGAAAGAAUACAAUUGUGGCAUUAUUAAUCCUGGGAUUUGUGUAUAUUUGCAUCUACACAAUUAUUCGGAAAAUAAAAAUAUAUAAGGAGAACAAAUUAGUUGAAGAAGCUUUAAAACAAUACGAAUUAGAUAAACAAGAAUAUAUUGAAACUGGAAUAACAAGAUAAAUUGAUUUACUAAUAUAUUGUUU